AUGUCAUUGCCAGAUAUGAAAUCAGAGACAAAAAGGACUAGUGGAGAAACCAGUGAUGGGAAAGACCAGUUUGUAUAUGAUUUUAAUGCUGCUUCAUCUAUUGCUUAUGUCACUGGAGGUGGGAUAGGAUAUGAUGAAGGAUUAGGUGGGAGGGAAGAAAUGAAAAGAUUGCAGAAUCCUUUAGAACAAGUUAAUGAUGGAAAAUAUUUACUUGAAAAUCACCAGAUGGCCAUGGAUAUGGAGAAUAAUAUUGAAAAAUAUCACCUCAAUCUACAGCCCCUGGAAUCAAAGGUGAAAAUCAUUCAGAGAGCCUGGCGUGAGUACCUGCAGAGGCAGGACCCCCUGGAGAAGAGGAGCCCAUCCCCACCCUCUGUGUCCUCGGAGAAGCUGAGCAGCUCUGUCAGCAUGAACACCUUCUCAGACAGCAGCACACCCGUGAGUGCCAUGUUUCCUUUUUAUGGCCUGAUGGGCCAGUCAUUUGAUCACCAGGUCUUGGGUUCCAAGAAGGAAAUGUUGAGAUGUGAGCAGGUGAAGAUUCAUUCUUACAUCUUUUGGUGGUCACAGCCCCAUGAAAGGAAAAUGACUCUGCUCUACUUUGAUCAGCCUACCAGACCCACUGGGUUCAUACAUAUUCUCAGGGAGUUCCAAAUAGGAAGACUUAGUGUUACUACUCUCUGA